AUAUACCUCGUUAACAUGACAGCCUGCGGUGUUCCUUCUCCGAGACAAUAAAAGCGCUCUGUACUUGAAUGAUUCAGACAAGAAGGGGGAAAAAUGCCAAGCUGUGGGACGACUUAGCUCUGCUGGAUUGAGCACAAGAAUGCAAAAAGAAAAAUCUUUACUUUCACAGAUAUUUGCACCGGAUGAAGUUCAUAAAUGUGGGAGAGUGAUCGAGAUUUUCAGUUGAGUGAUGACUAAUGGGAGAACACAAAUUCGGAUUUCCGCUGAAAACAAAGAGGACUGCAACAAGAAAACGAAUUAAACCAGGAGUUUGUCAUUAGUUUCCAAGGAGGUUACAAAGAAACCUCAGCAGGGUGUUUAAGCUUUAUUUGAAGUGUAAUUGACACGGAGCUUUGGCAGUCCUCGCUGUGAAUAUUCACAUUUCGGCCCCAGAACGAACCAAAUGCGCACAGAAAGAUGCAUUUGAGCAAGGCUUUACUGUUUGUCCUCCUCCUCAACUGCGCACCUCUAGGCUCAUCCCUGUCAACUUGCGCCACCGUGGAUUCUGACCAUGUCACGAAGAAACGGGUCGAGGCGAUUCGAGGUCAGAUUCUGAGCAAACUCCGCUUGACAAGUCCCCCGCAGUCUCUUGGACCGAGUAAAAUCCCUUAUCAAAUCCAAGCGCUGUAUAACAGCACCAAGGAGCUACUGGAGGAGCUGGGGAGGGAUCGGCAGCAGAGUUGCGGUCAGGACAACACAGAGACGGAGUACUAUGCCAAAGAAAUAUACAGAUUCAACAUGCUCACCGGACCGCCAGAAAGCAAUGAUUUGGCCUACUGCCAAAAAGUCAUCACCUCCAAGGUUUUCCGCUUCAAUGUCUCUUCCAUGGAGAGGAACUCAACCAACCUCUUCAGAGCAGAGUUUCGAGCCCUGAGGGUUCCAAACUCAAGUGCCAAGAGGAAUGAGCAGCGGAUUGAGCUCUACCAGAUUGUUAGGACAAAUGAACACAUUCGGAAACAACGCUAUAUUGGAGCCAGGAAUGUACUGACCAAAGGUACAAAAGAGUGGAUCUCCUUUGAUGUGACAGAAACAGUUCGAGAAUGGCUGAUGAAUAGAGGAUCAAACCGAGGUUUGGAAAUCAGUGUGAACUGUCCCUGCACCACCUUCAAUCCAAAUAGUAACAUCAUUGAAAAUGAAAGCGAGGUCCUGGAGGUGAAGUUUAAAGGGGUUGAUGGAGAUGACGAUUACAGCCGCUUGGAUCUAGACCACCUAUGGAAGAAAAAAGAACAAAAUCUCCCUCACCUCAUUCUGAUGAUGAUCCCACCACACCGCUUGGACACUCAGUCCACACGCCGCCGCAAAAGAGCGCUGGACACAAACUACUGUUUCUCAAACAUGGAGAAGAGCUGCUGUGUUCGCCGGCUCCAUAUUGAUUUCCGGCGUGAUCUAGACUGGAAGUGGAUCCAUGAGCCCAGUGGGUACGAUGCCAACUACUGCUCUGGACCAUGCCCUUAUCUAAGGAGCUCAGACACGACACACAGCUCGCUGCUGAGCCUGUACAACACUCUGAAUCCAGAGGCAUCCGCCUCCCCCUGCUGUGUUCCCCAAGACCUGGAACCCCUCACUAUACUCUACUACUCUGGACGAACCCCUAAAGUGGAGCAACUCUCCAAUAUGAUUGUCAAGUCUUGCAAAUGUAGCUGAGAGGACAUGAAGGACAGAUUUUACUGGCAGGAUUUCAGUAGGUACAGACCAAGCCCUUGUGCAAUGACUUUUGGACCCCGAGCUGUGACAAAUACCGAAAAUGACACUGUGGCUUCUUGGCUUAGAUCUGAUUUUGACACCGCGCUGAAGGUCGCAUAUUUCAAAGAAAGCAGAUUUUCCAAACAAAAACUUGACAUCCUUUGUUGUUACUUAUCCCCACUCAUCCAAUUCUGUUCUGCAAUUCUUUUUAAAAUGUAUCCUGUAAAAUUUAAAUCUGUCCCAAAACUAAAAGAUCUUAAAAAUUCUCAUUCGAAAUCUAUUCCUACUUCUAGUUUGCAUUAAGGAGCGAUCUGAGACAAAACUGUAGCUACUAGACGGAGACUUAAAGAGACUUAUUUUGUGCUGUAAAUCUUCUACCAAAUACUCUUUAAAAUGACAGUCUCUCCAUUGUCGAUAGAUCAUUUUUUCUUCUUUUCAGUCCAAAUACCUACAUGUUUGUCGUCAUACAUUUAGUGAUACCUUGAAUUGAUAGUUUUUUUCAAGCUGGAUUUUUCCUUGAACUUGCCUUCACUUUCCUUCACUUCAAACAGUGGGCAUUAUCUUCAAACACAAAGGGAAAAAGGACAGACUCACUGCUGUAUCCAAAGCCAUAGCUGUGGUCAGGGAAGAGGAGAGCUGAGAGAGAAUGCCUGUUGGAUUUGCAAUGGAAAGUCAAUGAACAAAGAAGUUGAGCCAAGCUUUUCUAUUUUGGACAGCCAGCAUUGGCCAUUUUCUUUUUCUUAUUUUUAUAUUUUCAGUGCAUCUAUUAGUUUGGAUAGAAGACGAAGAAGAAGAGGGGACCUUCAUGGCAGGGAAAAAGUCUGAUGGAAAUCAGCCAUGAGCACACUGCCAUUCACUGGAUGUUUUCAUCCCUAACAGGUUCAAAUUAUUUUUGGGACAUCAAAGAAUAUACUGGAAGAGAGUGAGUCUUAUGCAACAGGUUUUUAUGAGUUUUUUCCUUUUUUUACAUUAAUAGCAGAUUCAGUCUGUUAUGCAACUUGUCAUAUAGUGAUUGUUUCUGUAACUCUGGCAGGAGAGUUGACAUGUAUGGUCAUUACCCACAAUGGAAGCAGUAAGGCUAUGGCUACUUCUUAGAUUUCCUUAUGAUUUAGAAAUUUGACACCUUUUUUGUAUAUAAACAAAUUAGUUUAAGUAUUGUUAGUGAUCCAGUUUGUCUGACUGAUGUUGAAAGGCGACGCUCUAAAGCACCGUAAAAUCACAGCACUUUUCUAUAGCGAAUGCAGGAAAUAUGAUUUAAAUUUUUACAGUUUCCUUCCUCUUUAUCUUUUUUCACUGUUUUUCUUUUUCAAACUUAAUCCCCUAUGAACUUACCUGUCACACUGCUUUCACACUUCUUUCCGGGCCCGCUGAAAAGCGCUCUCAUGUGCAGAAAGGAUUCUGGUGCUCCUGAAACACUGCAGUCUUUCAUUCCCUGUGCUCUGUCUUUGUUUGAUUUGGUGCUCUCUUACACUGCGAAGCCCCAAUGGAACAAAAUGGCAAGGGAGGGGAAAAAGUCAUAACAUGACAGUGGCUGGAUGUACAGUUAGACCUCAUUUUCUCCAAGUCAGGAGAACAAUUCUGAAAUCCCUGUACUGUUUGGAUUUAGUCCAGUCAGAGUCAUCAAGCCUUUAGAUGAUUUUUUUUGGCAGUUAUGUUGUUUGAUAUGACUUGUUGAUCAUGAGUGUUAUUAAAAAGAGAACAUGCAAAACUGUAUGAGCCCUUUUUAAGCUAUAAAAAUCCCUCCAGUAAAUGCCUUGCUUUUAAAUAAUCAGAUGUAAUAGAUCUGUGAAAACAUUUAAAUCCAGAUGAGGAAAAGAUGAAAUUAUCCACUGGUUUUGUCUGCCAUAUUGAAAUGCCAUUUUAAAUGCCAUUUUGUCAUAAUGUUUUGGUUCCAUGCAAACAUAAUUUUUCUUACUUGAAUCUCACUAGCCCCACCUGUUUCCUCCAGGCACAUUCACAGGAUCCCCCCCCCCCCUUCUUCUACCGGAGUAAUAAAUUCAACGACUCCUUCUCGGGGAUUGGUGCUCAACAGCUUUCCCAGGCAAAAAGCUAUUACUCUUAUUUUCAGGGCAUAUUAACACACAGACAUCUCAUUAUUUUCUUAUUUUUCAUAAAAUGGUCGACAUAAAUCACACAGAGGUCUGCAUUUCCCAUUUGGUGGCACUUUCUAGGUAUUUAUACUCUUUUAGCAUGACAGUUGGAUUGUCUCUCUUGGUCCUCAGUUAUUUAAAAUGUGAUAGAAACAUUUUGAGUCCCUGCACUAAUUUGACAGACCCAUUCAACUCUAAUUCACAAUAUACCACGUUGAUUUUCUUGGGGAUAUUUUAGAUACAAUAGAGGCAGAACUUGAAAAAGACUUGAAAUGUCACCUAGGUUCACCCAGAAAGUUGCACACAGAUGAAGAUGUAGAUACUACAUAUAAGAUCAUUUGAAUUGCAUUGAAUCUGUAAAUAAAUCUUU